AUGACAAAAUGUCUUUUCAAGGCUUUAAAAGCCGUUGGCCUUGACAAACAUGUGGAAUUAUUUCGUUCCCUUGGAUAUGAAUCGGCAGGUGCAUUAGCACAUUUUCGUACUGAGCAUUUCGAAAGAUUAAAUCUAACUGAACAAGAAUUGCUGCAUCUCAUUUCUCUACUUGACGUUCUCAAAGAAGCCACACGUGAUGGGAAGAUCUGUCCGCAUUACUUCUCUUCGAAUAAACAGCAAACAAAUAUCAAAUCAGCCAGUUCCGUACGAGCCAGUUGGUGUGAGGAAACAAGUACGAAAAUUUCGUCGAAACGAGCGAAAAGUUCUACUGAUCCAUUGAGACGUUCAACAAUUCCUCGUGAACAAGUUCUUCUAGAAAAAACAUCGACAAUUCUUAGUCGAGAGCAGAUUUUCAUUCCAUGGAAGACUACCACUCAAAAACUCACAGGAGCAAGAUCAUUUCUCAAUCGACCUGCAGUUGAACAUGUCAAAGUCAAAUCGUACAAUUAUGGUGUGCCAACAAAUAAACGCUCACGCCCCAAUACUCAUCGACAUUAUCCGACCGAAACGAAUUCAUAUGGAAAACCAGCCGAGAUCUAUGUUUACGCUCGUAAACGUCCACUCCUACCAAGUGAAACCAAUUUUGAAGAUAUCAUUGCCGUACCGGAUGACAAACGUAUCAUUAUUGCAGAGAAUAAAGCUAAUCUGGAUUGUACACCUCUACUCAAAAAGACUGAAUUUCAAUAUGACCAUGUAUUUGGAUCUGAAGUUUCAAAUAAACAAGUAUUUGAAUCGACUGUCUUACCGUUUAUAUCGGCGAAUCAUCGACAUAAUUUAACCUAUAUUUGCUUUGGACAAACAGGAUCUGGUAAAAGUCAUACGAUAUUUGGUAGUAAGAAUACCGAUGGUUUAUUGAUUUAUUGUACUCAGUUACUUUUACAAGAAGUGAAUGUUGAUAAUAGACUUAUUUGUUCAUUUUAUGAAAUCUACAAUAACCAAGUUUACGAUUUAGUGAACGUUGGGAAAAGAUUAUUUGUACGUGAAGAUGGUGAACAUCAUGUGAAUAUUAUUGGCAUCACGGAAUUCUUAUUGAAAAGUUUAGAUAAUCUACGUUGUGUUAUCGAUGAAGGUCUUUCAAGACGACACCAUGGAAAAAGUGCAUUUAAUUCCAAUUCCUCGCGAUCACAUGCAGUUUUUCAAAUAACUCUGCAGCAUAAUUACGAUGCAUCGGAAGAUUUCAGACUUAUCUUUAUUGAUCUUGCUGGCAGUGAACGUGCAACGGAUGCUCAAAAUAACCUUCGACAAACUCGUCGUGAAGGUGCACAGAUCAAUUGUUCACUAUUAGCGUUGAAAGAAUGUAUUCGCUCUAUGGAUAUGACACACUCGCAUGCACCAUUUCGGCAAAGCAAACUAACUCACAUAUUACGCGAUUCUCUUGUCGGUUCAAAAACACGUACCUGUCUGAUGGCAAACGUUUCGCCGCCGAAUGACUGUUGUCAGUGUUCAUUAAAUACUCUUCAAUAUGCAUCACGAAUUCGAAAUAUUAGUAUUCGUCAUCGACAUCGUACAGUGACUAUGGAAAGUGUACAAACAUCUUCGGCCGACGAAACAAGCAAGGAACAGGACAUUGUUCCUGAGAAACCACAACGAAUCUCCAGUUCAGCAACGACAUCAACACCAGUUCAUCGACUCAUCUCAUCCGUUGACUCACAUAAUUAUCUUCCUAGAAAUCCAACAGAUAUUGAUACUCGCAAAACCAAGCCAUUUAAUAUCGAUUGGCAAAUGGCCGAUGACGAUCUUCCGAUUACAGGUGGAGGUGACAAUCGUGUGAUUAAAUCUCUAAUCGCCCCGAAACGUGAAUUGAAAACAACGACUCGUCAAUCAAAUCGCUUGUACGAAAAGAAAACCAAAGCAAAUGAUCAUUGUCCAUCGAGUUACUUUCCCAUGCCACAAUCUGACAUUAAGAAACCAUCAUCGAGUAAAAUAACACGAGUCUAUGAUAGUUCUCGUCUUAUGUACGAUGAUGGAAAUGACCGCAACUGGAAAGCCAUCUCUACUUCACGAACUCACCGUUUUUCAAAUGCUUCCAUCGAACAACAAUCGACUUCCGAUCAAAAUAUCCCAACUGUACCUAUGCAAACAUUCAGCAAUCACUUAUAUAGUAAUUCAACAGCUAAAGAAAGUCUUGGAGCGAAAUCAGCCAAAGUCUCCACACAUGAUCAUCGAUACCGAAAAUCGAGUGCUACAAAUGCAUUGAUCGACGAUUUAAAUUUGAAUAAAUAUCAUGAUCCCAACGAUGACGAAUCAUUAAUCUAUUCCGAUCGGCAGUCAACUUACCGAGAUCAAACAGCAUUCUUCACCAAGCGCGAUGAAUUAUUGUCGAUCAUUUCGAAUCGAUUAUCAUCUGCUAAUCAACGUUCGUCAUCGCUCGGUACUCCACGAAAGACGAAACCCACUUCUCAAAAGACAGCUUCUAAUGUGUCACAUCCAACUAAGUCGAAAAAUUUAUUUGUAUCGUCAUCCAGCAAAACAUAUCAAGCAUCUCGUCCAACUAAAACAGCAAACAAUGGCAGUUCACGAACAACUAAUCAUUUAAAGAAGUCUUCUUUGGACAAUAAAAAACCAAAAGCUAUCUCAUCAUUUGACUCGACACUUCGUUAUUCAUCGAAUCAACAGCAACGGACAUUACCAUUUCGUGUUCACUAUAGUUCCGAUUCGGACGAUAACGAGGAUAAACCACAUGUCGGUAGUGACUAUCGAAAAUCGUAUCCAUUGAAAACAUCAUCUUAUUCAACACAUAGUGAGGGUUACCAAAUCUUUGAUGAUUGCUAUCCAGUAAAGAAUGAACAAGAACCUCACAGUCAACAAAUGCAUAUACCAGCAACAUCUUCAACAACUUUACAACCAUCACUAUCUUCACCAGCAUUAGCUUCGAGCAUACCAGUUCGAUCUUCAUUUGAACAAUUAUUGGCAAAACCAAUAUCACCCGUGCCAUCAACAACUCUGAGUGAAAAACCAUGGACAUUAUCAACAUCACUUAAUUCUCCAUCUAAAGAUUUCGCUCUUCGAGUAUCUGAUCAAUUGAAUGUUUUACGUAGUUUGCUUGAAACUCAUCUAAUUGAACCAGUACAACCACCAAAAGACUCAGCAGAUCGUCCAGCAUCUCCGGGUACAUUCGCGCGAGAUUUCUUGAAAUCGUGUCGUCAAUCAACAUUCAAAACAAGUUCAUCGGACUUUCUCAGUGGUGACGAUGAUGAUCGAGAAGUGGCGAGUAAUUUCGAUACGAGAUUAUCUCCACCGCCCAUUUCUCCUUCCACUCAAUAUGGUUAUUUAUUAAAACAUGAUUAUGAACAAAUUAUUCAGCCAACUUUAUCUUCUUUCUCGGCAAAACUCAACCAAGUCAAAGAGCAUUCCACUGAAAAUAUGUCAUCACCCAAAGCAACAAAACACGAAACACAAGAACCGCAAAAUCAAGACAACCGCAUUCCGUCUACCCAAUUCGCUAACGAAAAUCAAGUGAUUCCUAUUGAAAUUACCAGUAAUCCACCAAAUAAUAAUGAUCAUACAUCUCAAAUCGAUUCCGCACAUUCAAAUCCUCCGAUCGUUCGCACUUCAUUAAAUGACUUCGAUUCUAAUCAUUCAUCCUUUCUUGUUCUACCCCCGUUUAACACACUUCAUAAAACAGAUAGAACACACUCUGAUCAGGAACAACUACUAGAUAAUGACAAAAGUACUCCGUUUCUUACCACUUCUCCAUUCAACACGAUAUUGAGCAGUUUAAAAAGUAUGCACGAAAAAGAUCUGAACUUUGGUGUUCAUACCGGCGAUGACAAACUCAUUCCUGUUACCGAUUAG